AUGGCGCCUCAAAAUCUUGGAGCGUUUGGCAAUCCGGCCAGCAAUGACGGCAAGCGUCGCCGAGAGCAGGAUCUGGCAGCUCCGCCCGUCUGGAAGAGGAAAUUGCUCCAGGGAUCGCAAUUCACCAGCGGUGUCGUCGUUCCGGUAUUGCCACUUCCAAAAGACUUGGACUUGGACUUCGAGGAGAACGAAGCAGCAAAUAACCACGCGAGCUCUUCACUGUUUAGAGAGGAGAUGGAAAAGCUGGAACUUCCGUCUCUACCUUCCGUGAUAUCUCAGGCUCGACCAGAAAUGCUUGAGUCUUUCCAACGCUUGGUUUCCCCAAGCUAUUUUCCACUUGAAACUGGGAACAAGAGCGACAGUGACAAGGCUCCCCUCUCACCUUCUGGCGUCCACAACGACGAUCUCGCUUUCGCUGCCCAACUUUUGGAUUACAAGCGGCUUUCAACAACGCGGAGAGAAUAAUGAGGGAACAAAAACCUCGUUGUUUAAGCUUGCGAGUUGGCUCAGGCUGGAGAGGAGGAUUCUGAUGGCGAAGUGGUUUUGGAUGGUCGCAUAUUUCGUGUUUUGGGAGAACUUGACGUGACGAAAAGAUGGGCAAUCGCAAGUGACCAUCGGGUCCCGCAGAUGAGAGUGGCUCUUGUUUUGUCAAAGAAGCAACUGCUUUUGCGUCUGCAGACCUUUCGAACACGUUGGCGUUCACACUUGGAGCUAAGCCACUUCCACCAAGUGUAAGCAAAUGAUGUUCUCCGUUAUCAUUGCGAGCAGUGUAUCUGUUGCUGCUUAUUGGGCAUCGGUUAGUGGCCAUGACAAGGACCACGCAUUACGU